CUAACCACCCCCCCACCCCCUCCGGUCUCUCGCAGAGCUCCCAGAGUCUGUGGAAUCGCCUGUCUGUGCUGUUGAACAUGUUGCCGGAAGGAAGCAAGAUGAGGGAGCCAGGCCUGACCUUCCGCGAGGGCAUCGUUCGACUGCUGAACCACUGCGAGGAGCCUGACCUGGUCCAGGCCGUGCUGCUGCCCGAAGACAUGGCACUCCGCUACCUUCCCGUGCUGCGCACUGCCCAUCGCAAGCUGAAGGCUGAGCAGAUCAGCCUGACGGAGAGCACGCUGGAGGAGUCGGUGGUUCGUGUUUGCUGUAUCCGCAGUUUUGGUCACUUCCUGGCACGGUUGCAGAAGAACGUGUUGCAGUACAAUGCCGAGCUGGGAAUCUUUAUCAGUAUUAGCCAGUUGGAGGAGGAGACCCUGAUGGAAAAGGCGCAGGCACAGUUCCGCAUGGCCGAAGAGGAGGCCCGCAGGAACCGGCUCAUGCGAGACAUGGCCCAGCUCCGGUUGCAGCUGGAAGUCUCCCAGUUGGAAGGAAGCCUCCAGCAGCCAAAGUGCCAGUCCACCAUGUCUCCGUACCUGAUACCCAACACCCAGGCCAUCUGCCAGCAACUGGGCAGCAUCCGGCAGCUGGCGAACAGCGGGCGGUUCAUUAUCAUCAUCCCGCGGACAGUAAUCGAUGGGUUGGAUUUCCUUAAGAAAGAGAACUCGGGAGCGCGGGAUGCCAUUCGUUUCCUGGAGUCGGAGUUCAAGAAGGGAAAUAGGUACAUCCGGUGCCAGCGGGACACUGGCCGAGCAGUGGAGAGGCACAAGCUGAAGAGACAGGAUCUGGAUGCAUGGUAAGGUGGCUCAGCUGAGCUCUU